AUGCCGUAUGCGUUGCGUGUUUAAAUUAUAUUCCUAUUUAUAAGAAUCGCAACCACCGCUGCUUUUCUCCUUCAAACUCACUUCCUUAAAUCCCAACUCUCAACACUCACAUCUCCCCCUCAUCUUUCCUUCUGCUUCUCUCUCCUCUCUCUCUCUCUCUCACACACACAAACCCUAAUUAGAUUCAUCACUUGAUCAUGAAGCGCAACUGCAAUUUGGAGCUUCGGCUCGUAACGCCUUCCGUCUCCUUCCAUCUAGCUGAUCGCAGCGACUCCAUGUUGGAUAUGAAUGAAGAGAGUCCGUACAAUACGCAGCAGCUAACAAUUUUCUACAAUGGCAAAAUUGCUUCAUGCGAUGCUACAGAACUUCAGGCUAGAGCGAUCAUAUCGCUGGCGAGUCGAGAAGCGGAGGAAAAAUCGAGCAGGAAUUCGCCGCCGCCGCCGCUGAAUUCGCCGGUGUACAGCGCGGCGACUGGUAUGUCGAUGAAGAGGUCGCUGAAGAGAUUCCUGGAGAAGAGAAAGAGUAGGGCUCAAUCAAUGUCGCCAUACCUGAUUACCAGACAGUAAUUAAUGAUUGGUUAAUUACUACUAGUAAUUAGUAAUUAGAUAUUGGAAUAUUUUGGCGCGAGUUUGGAUUUUAUUGAUUUUAAUAUUGUUUGUUGUCGUUGAUGGAUAGGCGACUGGGCUGCGACCAGAUUAGACGCAUAUUAAGUUAAGCUAAUUAAUUAUUGCGUUUGGGAUGUUUAGCAAUGUUUGAUGAAAUUAAUAUAAUCUAUAUUCAAUGUAAAUUAGUUAGAGUUGUUGUUACGAGUAUUCCUUGCUGGGAAUUUCAUUUACUUAUAUAGUACUCCAUUUUUUAAGAAAUUAA